AUGAGCUCAGAUCACGAGGAAGAUAGCCUGUACGGGGCCACGGAGCUCUUUGGCGAGCCGGACGGGUUCUACGAGAAGCCGGCCGAGAGCCACUUUGCGGAGUACGAGCGGAGCGCAGUUCCAGCGCAGUCUGCGCGCCGCGAUACGCAGGUGCGGAUCAGGCUGGUCGGGUCAUCGCCCCUGUGGGGGCACCUGCUGUGGAACUCAGCGAUAUACACUGCGCGGCACCUGGAUGCGCACCCCGAGCAGGUGGUCGGGCGGUGCGUGCUGGAGCUGGGCGCAGCCGGCGCGCUGCCGUCGCUGGUGGCCGGGUUGCUGGGCGCGCGUCAGGUGGUGGCGACGGACUACCCGGACGCAGACCUGGUGGGCAACAUCCAGUACAACGUGGAUCACGUGAUCUACGGCGGCAAGCCGCCGACGGAAGCGCCGCACGUUGCGGUGGAGGGCUACAUCUGGGGCAACGACUACGGGCCGCUGCGGCGGCACCUGCCCCCGGGGCAGACGGGCUUCGACCUUGUGCUGCUCAGCGACCUUGUGUUCAACCACACGGAGCACCACAAGCUGCUGCAGACGACGCGCGACUUGCUGGCGCCGGCCGGGCGCGCGCUGGUGGUGUUCUCGCCGCACCGGCCGUGGCUGUUGGAGAAGGACCUGCAGUUCUUCGAGACGGCCGCUGAGUAUGGGCUGCGCGCGGAGCUCAUUGAGCAGGUGACAUGGGCGCCGAUGUUCGCGGAUGACCCUGGCCCCGCAGAGGUCCGCGCACGUGUAUACGCAUAUUACCUGACGCACUGCGCCUAG